AUGUGGCUUCUGAGCACGAAGACGGCGCGGCUGAAGUACUUCCGUAGACCCGAAGACGUCCCAGGUGGCUACGUGAUCCUCUCGCACACAUGGCGGAGACCGGAGAAGGGCGAGGGCGACGAGGACACCUUUCAGCAGGUGCAGGAUCCGGCGCGGGUGAGUGCUCCCCGCCCCCGCGACGGCUUGUCCAGCAAGAUGCGCGCCUUCCUCGAGCAGGCGGAGGAGAGCGGGUUCAAGUGGGCGUGGGCGGACACCUGCUGCAUCGACAAGACGAGCAGCGCGGAGCUCUCGGAGACGAUCACGUCCAUGUUCCGCUACUACGCCCUCGCCUCCGUCUGCGUCGCCUACCUCGCCGACGUCGGCCCCGGAGACCCCCUCGCCGACUUUGAGCUCGAGCGCGCGUUCGCGGCGAGCCGGUGGCACAAACGCGGCUGGACGCUGCAGGAGCUCGUCGCGCCGCGGGUGGUCGUCUUCAUGGCAUGGGACUGGACGCCGCUGGGGACCAAGUACGAGCUCGCGCCGCUGCUGUGCCAGGCGACGGGCGUGCCGGACGCGGUGCUGCGGUUCAAGAAGGAUGUGUCGGACAUGAGCGUUGCGGAGCGGAUGUCGUGGGCGGCGGAGCGGGAGACGACCCGGGUGGAGGACGAGGCGUACUGUCUGUUUGGACUGUUCGGGAUCAGCAUGCCGCCGCUGUAUGGGGAGGGCCGCAACGCGUUCUAUCGGCUGCAGGAGGAGAUCAUGAAGACGUUGCCGGACGGUUCCCUCCUUGCGUGGGGCUCGAUCAACAGCGAGCGGGUGCUCGACGAAAGCUGGAAGGUCGACAACUCGCCGUCCACGAAUACCUCCGGAUAUUUGCUGGCAUCAUCUCCUCGGGUCUUCUUACCAGUGAGAGGAGCUACGCUUGGUCGUGGAGUGGUGAUUAGCUCUCCAAAUGCAUCGGCGAGUAACAUGUCUUCUCUUGACGAUUUUGUACUGAUCGAAGUGUCUCUGCAUCUAGAGCUCCACUGUAUUCAUGUUAGACGCGCCUCGCUUCGACGGAAUUACCCCAGCAGGCGUUCAAGUUCGGAUACGCAUGCUCGCUCUCGAAAAUGA